GCCCUUCUUAGGAUAGUUCGCCCGUUUCAACAAAAAAUAUUAUUAAUUUGCAGCGAGAUCGGAUCGGAGCUCGAUGAGCCCAACCGCCUACUGGUGAGCCCGAACCAAGAUCCGACGGCCCAAAUUCCUCAGCCUACGCCGCCGACUGACCCCACCGCCACCGCCGGAGAUGGCCUCCACGGACACCGACGCCGAAGCCGACGCCGCAGCGGAGGAUUGCCAGCAGCUGGACCUCUUCCCCCGCCACCCGGAGCACCUUCUCUUCCAGGACAGGGACCCCCCGGUCGCCUGCCUCCUCGAUGACGACGGCGGCGACGAGGGCCCCACUCUCACCGCCCUCCUCGGCGGCGCCGCAUCCACAGGAGAAGGAUCGUCGCCAGCGGCAUCGCGGGUGUGGGACGGCGAUGGGGACGGGCUUGCCCGGAGGGCGCUCCGCGGGCGGGAGCGGUGGGUGUACUGCUGCUCCUCCGCCGCCUCGUCGUCGUCGCCGGAUGAGCUGGCCAGCAGCAGCGCCGGCGUGGACCCGUGGUGCGGUGCGCCGCAGGCGCUUUCGCUUAAGCUGGAUUACGAGGAGGUCCUCACCGCCUGGUCCGAUCGGGGGUCCCUCUACAUCGACGGCGAUGGCCCGCAAGUUGUUCCUGAUCUCUACCAUACCACCUCCCCGGUGUUGGUGGAGGUGGGGAGUACGGGAUGGACGGUGCCAGAGAGCGAGCUGGAGGUAGGGAACAGGGAAGCGAGGGUGAUGAGGUACAAGGAGAAGAGGCGGAGCCGGCUCUUCUCCAAGCGGAUCCGCUACGAGGUGCGGAAGCUCAACGCCGAGAAGCGUCCUCGGUCGAAGGGUCGAUUUGUAAGGAGGAAAGAUGUGGAAUAAGGAUACUUCUCGGUCAACAUGAGGAUAAAGGACAGACAAGGUCAACUAGUUAGGUUUCACCUUCUUGUGGAUUACUUUUAAAACCAAGUACUUUGUUGUAUGGCAUGUUACAGAUGUUAAACUAUAAUGAAAUGUAAUAUACAAACUGGAAGAGAUAAGUCAA